UACGAUUUUAUACUAAAGCUUUUAUUAGCUGAUAAGUUGAUUUUAAAUGGGGAAAGGUUUUCAAGUAGUUGUGGUGAGAGAUUAUGAUCCAAACAGAGACUUAAAGAGAGUGGAAGAGCUUGAGAAAAGCUGUGAAGUCGGGUCUUUAUUAGUUGAUCUCAUGGGUGACCCGCUUGCCCGGAUCCGACAAUCUCCUUCUUUCUACAUGCUGGUGGCUGAGAUCGAUAAUGAGAUAGUUGGGAUGAUCAGAGGAACGAUCAAGACAGUGACACGCGGUGGAAAUGCAUUACACGAUGGCAAUUCACCGGUUAUAAGCACCACCAAACUCGCCUUCGUCUCUGGCCUCCGAGUCUCUCCGUACUACAGGAGGAUGGGAAUUGGAUUGAAACUGGUGCAAAGGCUCGAAGAUUGGUUUCGACUAAACGACGCCGCUUACGCAUACGUGCAAACGGAAAACGACAACGCAGCUUCGGUCAAACUCUUCACCGAGAAAAGCGGUUACUCCAAGUACCGAACACCUACUUUCCUGGUCAACCCUGUCUUUAACCACCGAGUCACAGUCUCACGCCGAGUCAAUAUCAUCAAACUCGAUCCUUCCGACGCCGAGUCAAUCUACCGCAACCGGUUCUCCUCCACCGAGUUUUUCCCUUCGGACAUCAACUCAAUCCUCACCAACAAACUCUCUUUAGGCACUUUCCUGGCCGUGCCACGUGGCAGUGACUACGUGUCCGGGUCUCUACCCGGGUCAUGGGCAGUUAUAAGUAUCUGGAACAGCAAAGAAGUGUACAAGCUUCAAGUUCAAGGGACUUCUCGUCUCAAACGCACAUUAGCGAAGACGACGCGCGUUUUAGACGGCGCGUUACCGUUUCUGAAGAUCCCGUCGUUUCCUAAUCUUUUCAAGCCGUUCGCCAUGCAUUUCUUGUACGGUAUCGGCGGAGAAGGGCCACAGGCGGCGGAGAUGGUGGAGGCGCUUUGUUCACACGCUCAUAACAUAGCUAAGAAGAGUGGCUGCGCCGUUGUGGCUGCUGAAGUGGGGAGCUGUGAGCCACUCAGAGCUGGUAUCCCACACUGGAAGGCUCUCUCGCCGGAGGAUUUGUGGUGCUUGAAACGUCUCCGAGAUGACGAUGACGGUGUAGACUGGACUAAGUCAACGCCUGGAUUGUCCGUUUUCGUUGACCCUAGAGAUUUAUAAUGAUUUGUUUAUGAUAUCAUUAGAGAGGAAUAUAAACACCAAACACAAGAAUUGAAAUUACAAAAUCCGAGACUAAGUCUUUAGUGUUAUAUACUCGAUUACUCUCCUUACGCUUUUUAGUUUUAUCUGUAAUUUCACACUCGAUCAAAGUGUAAAUAAACUGGUUUUCAAACACAAGCUAGUAAAACAUGCACUAUGUAAUGUACCAAUGUUUUUAAUGUUACUCGAAUCAUACUGUCGGUUAUUAUCUAUGUAUUAAUGGAUUAUUGUUUUUUUUCUUUUGAAAAAGAUUUAAUGGAUUAUUGUUCAUAAAACAGUAAAAUGUUCUAGGUAUGACUGAGACUGUAUGAUCAUGCUUAGAUUAAUUAGCUGAUAAUGAGUGAUUUCACUGACUAAUUCACGUAUAUAGAGCAAAUUGUAAUUUUAUAUCUAUUUUUCAUUCAAAAAAUCAGUUGCGAAACCUAGAUAAUCGAUCACAUUUGAAUAAUCUCAAGUUGUAAAAUGUAAUUUCAUAUUCCCGUAGGAAAGGAAGUCAAAACCAAAGUCUACGGUUUUUGGUUACGUAGAUCGAACAGUAUUUUAAAGGAAAAGGUUGAUGAAUCCAAAAUCAAUAGAUAAUAAAAAGCAAAUAAAUUAACAAAAUGGAACAAACGUAAACUUUUGAAAGUAUAUAAUAUAAACUGGAUGACGUAGAACAAAGAAGCUCAUAGAAGACUAACCACCUUUUCUUUAUAGUUUCUUCUGGUCAAAUUUGGCAGGCUAAAAGGCUUUUCAUUUUAUAAAAUAGAUGAUUAUCUUGCAAAUUGCUAGUAUUGUAAUUAACAAAGAAAGAACAGGUUCUGUUCAAUAGAUACGAAGUCUUUCUACGUUUGAAUGUUAAGAUUUAUAUCAAAUUAAAAACAAUCUACCCACUAGUCCUCUUAAGAGAUUAGAAAAAGUUGGUAGACCACUUGUGACAAUUACAACACAUGCGAGUAACAAAUAAGCUAAAAUUCAAAGAAAGAUUGAGAAGCAAUUGAGUCGGGAACAAGAUGAUAUUCACAUUAUGUAAACCUAAACUUUUCAUUUUCAAUGAUAUUCACAUUAUUGCAAAAAAAAAAAAACAAGAUGAGACGUUAUGCAUGGUGCGAUCGAUAGUAGUUUCAGUAGAAAUAGUUGACUUGGAGACCAAAGAGAAUAUUCUGGCAUAUUGUAACAUCCAGCUUGAAGAAGCAGUGGACAUUCAGAGAGGAGAUA